AGAAAUAAACUGGUACUAUACUCGUGACACACGCAGCUCCCACUAAUACUAGUUCUUAUGUAUAGAAUAGCUCUGUGAAGCCAGUCAUUUAUUUUUUCCUCGUUUUCUUCACACCUACCAAGUAAUCGGUGUUUUAUAUAGAGUCGUAGUCAUAGAUCCUUGCAAAUAUGCUGCAGUUAUUUGCAGUGGACAUUGUUUACUGAAAUGUUUAUUUAAUAUAUCGUCAAGGUUUACCCGCCUACUGCAGUCUGCAAUUACGGAUGGUCGCCUGGCUUAUUGCCUGGCAUUACAAAGCGUUUUUUAACACUUAAUAUGUUGUAUCAUCAACGUAGUGACUAGUUCAUUCGGUACUAUUCGAUUGGUGAUUUUUUUCAGCAUUCAAUAUUGACCGGUCAUUUGUAUUCACCGUCACUAACGACGUUGACCAUUACAGUCAACAGUGUUUGACGUUUUGUUAUGAGGAUAAACUCGCGUAAAGUAUCAGAUUUGUUUGUCGCAAACAUCGUUUAAGUGCUCACGUUAUUGACGUUAAUUGUAUGAUUUGUUUGCAGAGUCGAUAACUUAAUUAUUGUACAGAGAUUGCCCAAAACCCUGAUAUUCUUCAUGAAAGGAAACAUUACAAAUAGUCGCUAAUUUGAAGUCGCUACUAAACAAGUGUUUAGAAAACAUCGAUAGAUAUCGCAAUAAUGUGCUAAACAAGCUUGGCACAGUGUGCACAUUGUGUCGCCUGCUUAGGAAUGCACUUAUGCAGGGCAUUCGGCAAAUAUGUUGCGUCACUGCGGGUGGUUCGCGCCCGUUCUAGAGGUCGUGACUCAUCUUCAUACGUUUCUCGCGAUACAUUUACUUAUCCACCAAUACUUCCAUUAGUACAAGUCUAUACUUAAAUUCAUCGGAACUCUAUCCAGUAUUAAUUUUUCCUUAACCUAAUACCGACUUCCAGUAGUUAUUUUUUACUCGAUCAAAGUGCUUUUAUGUGUUUUUUAAUAAAUAAUAAGCUAGUUUUUCGUCAAAUCAAUGAAGCUAUUUUUUAUUCUAGAUUCUCAUAAACCAUUGCAAUAUUUAUUCAUACAGACAAAUGACGAAAUAAUUACAGCAACUUAAUUAAGUUAAUAUUGCAACGUGUCUCAAUCAGGUUGGUAAAUAAUAGCAAGAGUUCAGACACUUGUUGGUCGGAACAUGCUAGUCACGACGUUAAUACUGAUCUGCUCAGGUCAUUGACACCAACACAUGCAUGGAUUCGGAAAUUACGCCUGAAAUUAUAGCUUGUUAGAAUUCGCAUCAAACUACACGUUGUCAUUGAGCUCAAGCUAUAGACGCGUGUCCAUAAUUAGGUACUUCAAACAUAAAAAUUGGUAUAUAUUUAGAUGUUUUUGAUUUAAAUAUUGUACAUGUACAUGUCAUUAUGUUUGUAAUUUGUACUUAGAAUGAGUCACAGUUUUGUUGUGUCAACUCCCACGCAGGUUCGCAUUACGCAUGCGCCGACGGUGAACGCUCAUUCUUGGAAUCGAACCUUGCUUGGAUUGGCCCGUGGCCGUCAACUGUCUAACGACUUUUUGCGUUUUCAAAAUCUUAGUCGAUGUUUCCAUAAUGUUAUUGCUUGUCAUUAUCUUAUCAUAACAUUGUUUUUAGUCCUUUUAGAAAUAAAAUACAUACAUUAUAAAAUCUUUCUAACUGUAAUUCCAAAAUAGGUAUGCAUUAACCAGUUUCGAGGCAAUGAACUGCUGACUUGUUAUAAUAAUUUAUAUAUAAUUUGAAACAGACAAACAUUCAUUAAGUGUGAUCUUAUAUUAUGUAAAUUCAGGUAACAACAUAAAGGCUACAUCGGUUUUGCAUAUUCGAUAACGAGGCUUUACUUAUCAUUAUUUGUAUAAAUAUGAAAACUCACUGAAAAAUUAAUGAUAAAAGUUUAGCUAUGAUGUAAGUACUAAAUAAAGAAAUGUAUUUGCUAGAUUGAUAGUUGAUCUAGUAGGCUUAACAUUUCAUUAUGGUCGCAACGAUUAGAUCAACGUUAAUUUUUAUUUUUAUAGUUAUUGUAGCUUGUCAUAGUGUAAGUGUGGACUAUUACUUAGGAAAUAAAGAAAAUGACGAAGAUUAUAAGACGCAUGUUAUUUACGACAAACAUAAUCAUUCAAACUCAUUACGUGGUAAUAAAGACUCUAACAUUUCUUUAGAAAACACAGACACUACAUCAGAGAUUGAAGACAGUAAAGAAGAUGCUGAAGAAUAUGAUGAACUCACCGACAUAGAAGAGCAAAUGUCACAAAAAUCUCUUAAAAUAAAAACUUCUACAGACCAAAAUGUUUUGGACUCCGAUUCGGAACAGAUCGAAAUCGGUCACGAUCCUGCUGUAUUGCGACUAGGGAAUGACUAUGAAUCAGGAUAUGAGACUAAAAUUAAUAAGACUAUAAAAGACAUUUUUGAAGAAUAUGAAUACCAAGGUGCUAGUGAACAAUUAGGAACAGGACUUCCAGUAUUACGUGAUGAUCAAGAUAAAACCACUGAAAACCAUUCAAAUUCUGAGUCGAGUACUAUUUUAAUCAAAAAUGCCUCUGAAGUAGAGAGUGAUACAGAAAAACUUCCAAUUGACUUUUAUAACUUAAUACCAGCGGUAAGUGCGUUAAAUGACACAGAUUCAAAUUUUAGUACCUUCAAUAUUCCUGAAAACGUUUGGUACGUUCCUGAAAAUUGCCCCUGUUGGGAAUUACCUAUAUUGUACGCUGAACCUGGGCAAAGUAUGUCAUCUACAGAUGUUUUUCUUAUGUAUCAAGGGACUUUAAAGAACGUUGAAGAGAAGGUAGAAAACCAUAGUCAUACAAACAAACCACUGUAUGUGCCUGUGUCUCAAACUAUGAAUAAGUGGUGUGCUGUGGGUCCUUGUUAUGGCGACCACACGCUCUGUCUCUUUCCGGAAAGAAUUAAUUCCAAGUUAUGCAGAAAUGAUUAUAUAGUUUCUACUCCUACAAUGAUUGAGCAGAUAGGGUUAGUAAAUACUGUAAAUUCAAUGAGAAAUCGUGUCGCUAAUGGAGAAACAGCACAAUACAAACAUUUACCAAAAGCAGCUGAUAUGAAUCAGAUAAUAUACGAUCUCGAUUUAGAAAGUAUGGCGGAGAAUUGGCUUCAUCAGUGCUUGCCAGGUCCUGCUGCAUGCUCUGCUCUCGAUGAAAAAUAUGUAACGCAGCUGGAAUGCACUAAACACGCAAGACACUGUUGUUUUGACUCAUUUAAAUCCGAGAUGGCAUCAAAGUGCAUACCUCAAUACGAAUGUUACUUAGACGCUAUUAUUGGUUGCAUUCAUCUGUGGUUCUCAAAAGCUGGUAGCGCUCUUACAACGACAGACGUAAAAUGUGGCCAUAUAACAUCAGCCACAUAUCAUACAGCCCAGUUGCUGUGGGCAGAAACCAAUAAAAUAGGCUGUGCAUAUGGAAAAAAAACAGAUGGUGAUGUACGAGUCGUAUGUAAUUUUGCUCCUGGUGCUCCAUUCUUUAUAGACACGAAAUAUUACUGUGGUUUCAUUGCUCAACCUAGAAUUAAAGAAGACUUUGCAAAAGAAAAUAUAAAUUUAACUUCUCCAAAUUUUUUGGCAGCGCUCGGUAUAUCAUUAAGUCCGGUGGUCAAGUGUUUCUAUAAGAGACAGGAAUACACUAGUCAUCUAAGUAAUUACUCAAUAAGGUUUUCUGAUAUCGACAUCCUUGGUAAGAUUUAUAAGAGAAAAUGGAUUCGUUCGAAAUAUAACGAAACCGUAAACGACACUAUUGGUUUAGUUGCUCGGCUGGUGACAAAAUACUCAUUUGGUGUAGAUGAUAGCUCGCAAUGCGACUCGAAUGUAGCUAUCUACGAGAGCGGGAAGCCUGGCUCAAAGUGCGUCGAGCGAGGCAGGCGCUUCCACGCUUUGUGUUAUGAUUUCCGCGAUCCUACUCCCGGGUACAGGCUAGUGGCUGUCGUGGCGCCAAUAGCAUUAUUUUCUCUUAUUCUGUAUGACCUAUUUAGUGGUGUAGUGCGUCAAACCAACUAUUAACAUGACAUCAUUGCGAAGCCCACUUUUUUAUCUAUAAUUUCAUAAAUAAAUAAUUUAUCUCAAAACUUUCUUAUUAUUGUUAACAAAUUCUGAGUCGUAAGAAUCUGCACAUUACCAUGUACAUACUAAGUGAUAUUGUAGUAGUUAGAUAAAAAUGUUCUUAAUAAGUCGUUAUAAAUUCAUGUCGUGUAGGAAAUACUCCGUUUAAAUGUAAAUUAAACUGUUUCUCUCGAUGACUCAUUGUACUUUAUUAUAAACCUUUGCUCUACAAUAUAAUGUUAUUUUCAUAGUAUCAUGUCAUAUGGUAUCCUCCUGUGGGGAAAUGCUGCUGACAUUCAGUCUGUCUUUGUGCUGCAGAAAAGAGCCAUUCGAUCAAUUUAUAAUCUUAGUCCGAGGCACUCUCUUAGGGAACUAUUUAAAGAAAUUAAUAUAUUGACUGUUCCUUCUCAAUACAUUUAUGAAAAUGUAGUGUAUGCUCACAAAAACAUUAAUUUAUUCAAAAAGUAUUGUGAUAUACAUAAUAUAAACACUAGAAGUAAAAACAAAUAUAUUGUUCCCACUACUAGACUUAAGAAAAUAAGUGGUUCGUUCAGAUGUCAAUGCAUACGCUUUUACAAUAAAAUUCCCAGCGAUAUUCAAAGUUUGAGCCUGAAUAAAUUUAAAAAUAUUAUAGAAGAAAAACUGUAUAGUAAAGCUUUUUAUAAAAUUAAAGACUACUUAGAUGAUAGUCAGGCUUGGGAGUGAGCCGCUAUAAUGUCCACACAGGUCAUGUUGACAUGUUUGUAACACAAGUUACAUUUUUAUACAAUUUGACAUGAUAUACAUUAAUAUCAUUAGAUAUUUUUUUGUUUUCACAUAUUAUUUUUAAAAUUGUUAGUUUGAGGACCGUGCGAGAGUUUGCCUAGUCAUUUCACUUUUAGUUAAUUAUAUUCUGACAGUGUGAGCAUUUGUGUGGCCUACCCAAAUGUUCUUUUGGUAGGUAUUGUUCGUCGGAUCAUUCAGCAACAGCCGUCAGCUGAGCUCAUUGUAAACUGACACAUGCGUGCUGCCAUCUGAACAGGUCCGCUCAAACUGCUGUGGUUCUUUCCUCAAAAGACCACUACAGAAUAAACUUGCACGGUUCUCCGACAUCUUUAAUUGAUUUUGUCUGGACUUUAAAAGAGACUAUGACCUCUGAGUUUGUUUCGGCAUUUCUUCUCAGAGUAGUCGGAUAGGAAAUGCCGGCCUCAUCUAGCUAUUUGAAAUAUUGACGUGUAAAAGUGUUAUUUUAUAAUCUAUUUACAGAAAUAAAUAUCAUUUAUCAUUUA